AUGUCCGCACUGGACACUCGAUCACCUUCUACCAAUUGCAAUCCUAAUAAAUCCAAUUUGUCGCAAGAAGUUGGAAAGAUCAUUUCAACACUACUGGUGCUGGUGAAUGCCGCCUCGAAGUACUACAACGGAGAGAAUCGACCUUAUGAAUUUGGUUUCAACAUCGAGGGCAAUCAGCAUAGGCACGAAAAGAAGGAUGAGAAUGGAAUAAUUAUGGGGGAGUUUGGUUUUAUCACAGCUGAUAAUGUUUAUCACGUAACAGUCUAUGCUACAGAUGAAAAUGGAAAUUUUAAAGUUCUCUCCAUGAAGAAUAUUAAGCUAAUGGCUGAACCAAUGGCAAAAAAUAUCGCAGCUGCGAUAGAAACGAUGAAAUCCAAAUUAGCAUCAUCAAGUCCUCAACCGAGAGCAUUUACAGACUCAACAACAACUCCACUUCCUUUUGUGAUUCACUCAACUGCAGCAGCACCUCUGAAGGAGCAGGAGAUUGUACCAGUUGAGCCAACAACUCAAAAAAUCAGUGAUAUUCAAUCAUGCUCAAAUUGCAAAAUCCCCGAGCCACCGAAGCCUGCCAAUGUGCCCUCUUACGCCCCCCAGAAUGCCCUUCCACCCCAAAUGCCACAAUUUAGCAACAGAUUCAGCCCCCAACAACCACGACAGGGAAUUUCAAAUCUCAACUUGAGAGAUGAGAAAUCAUUAGGGGGUGGAAUUGGGGGUGGUCAAGAAGACAAUCAAGGUGGCAGCAUAAAUCAAGGAUUUGAUCAGGGUAACGAUCAAGCACCAGGACAGGCUGUAGAACAAACACCUGAGCAAGUACCUCAGCAAGCACCUGGGCAAGUAUUUGGACAAGCACCAGGUCAGGGAACUUUCCAAGAAAAUUCAGGAAAUCAGGGCCCAUCAAGUGCCUUCUCGUCGGCACUUGAUACACCCCCAAAUCCCCCGAGCAUAGACCUUAAUCCACCCCAAACAAGCUCUCAGCCAGCAAAAGAAGAUUACUCAACGGAUCAGAGAGCUCUACCCGAGGGAAGAUCACUUGGGGAUGAUCAAACAGCCCCUCAAGCUCCAGAAUCAGAUGGAGGUGCUGCACUACCGGAAGAUAUGCCCAUUGAGAGUGUAAUGGCAAGAUUCAAGGGUGUUGAACCGUCGCGAAAACAGCCGGAUGGGCAGCAAAACUUCGCGCAACAGCCAAGAGUACAAUCACCUGAGAGUCGAGACAGUGCUCAGGUGAAUUUGGAUGAUCAAUCAAUGGAGCAAAUGCUGCAAGGUCUCCUCUACCUCUUCAACUACACCGCUGGUUACCACGGACACAAUGAAAAGGGUGAUCGCGAGGGAAAUAAAGAGGGAGGAUACUACGUUGUAGGACGAGAUGGUCUACGAAGGAGUACAGAAUAUAGAGCUGAUGCUUUUGGCUAUCAACCCAAGUUUAAACUCGAAAGGGUGCCAGAAGAAGAGACGCCGAGGGAGGAAACUGAAAAGAAAGCUGGAUUGAAGGGUUACGAAUUUAAAUGGUUCUACCUGUAAAAUGUUUUAUGCAAAACGAAAGCUUAUGAAUAUCGAUUAAUUACUCAACUAUGUAUAUUCUACUGUACAGUAUUUAAAUAUUGAUUUAA